AUGGUGAAGUUAGCGAAGACUCCAAAUAAACAAGUAAACCAGAAGAAAAAAGCCCCUCCUCCCCCCAAAGAAGUGGAUGAAGAAUCAAGCGAAGAAGAGGAGACUCCACCACCAAAAGUGGCAAAAAAAGCUACACCAGCCAAAGCUGCCAAGGUUAAUGCUAAAAAUGGCAAAGCUGCCAAGAAAGCAGAAAGUGAAGAGGAAGACGAUGAUUCCGAGUCUGAAGAGGAGGCCCCACCCCCUAAGAAAACCCCUGCCAAAGCAGCUGCAAAAGUUGCUCCUGCUGCUGCGGAAGAAUCUGAUGAUGAUGAUGAAGACGACGACGAUGAUGAUGAUGAAGAGUCCGAGGAAGAACCCCCACCACCCAAGAAAGCAGCCAAGGCUGCUGCAAAGGCCCCUGCCAAGCAAGUAAAGAACAAACCUGCAAAGGAGCCCUCAGAUGAUGAGGAUGAAGAUGAGGAAUCUGAAGAAGAGGCCCCCCCUCCCAAGAAGGGUGCAAAACAAGCUGCUAAGCCAAAAGCAAAACCAGCUAAAGAAGUAGAGGAGGAGGAGGACGAUGAUGAGGAUGAGGAGGACGAUGAUGAGGAUGAAGAUGAGUCUGAAGAGGAAAUGGACACAACACCUGCUCCUGCAGCUGCAAAGGCAAAGAAGGCUGGCAUGGUCAAGGCCAAGGAAGAGUCUGAGGAUGACGACGAUGAGGAUGACGAGGAAGAGGACGACGAUGAGGAUGACGAGGAAGAGGACGACGAUGAGGAAGAAGAAGCCCCAGUGACUCCUGGUAAGAGGAAGGCAGAGGCUAAGAAGGACACACCACCUGCCAAAAAGGCCAAGUCAGAAGGAGAAGGUUUCUGUCUGUUUGCUGGUAACCUGAACUCCAACAAAGACUUCGAUGAAAUCAAAAGUUCCAUGAGGAAAUUUUUCGCCAAGAAUGACAUUGAAGUCGCUGAAGUCCGGUUAGGUGCAUCCAAGAAAUUUGGCUAUGUGGAGUUUUCGUGUGAGGAGGAUAUGCAAAAAGCAAUGGAACUCAAUGGCAAAAAGGUUAUGGGUCAGGAAAUCAAGCUGGACAAGGCCAGAAGCAAGGAGUCUUCCCAAGAGGGCAAAAAAGAAAGGGAUUCACGGACACUUUUUGUGAAAAACCUUCCCUUUUCUACCACGGUUGAUGACCUGAAAGAGGUUUUUGAAGAUGCGGUUGAUGUAAGGGUUCCCCCUGGCCAGAAUGGGGCCAACAGAGGAAUUGCUUACAUUGAGUUUAAAAGUGAAGCGGAUGCAGAGAAAAUGCUGGAAGAGGCACAGGGUUGUGAUAUUCAGGGAAGGUCGGUUGUCCUGGACUUCGUGGGAGAAAAAAGCCAGAAAGGGGGAAAGGUAGCAGCCCCAGCUGGCAAGGUAUUAGUUGUGAAUAACCUUGCCUUCAGCGCCACAGAAGAUGCUUUGCAAUCCACAUUUGAAAAGGCAGUUUCCAUUAGAAUCCCACAGAGAGAUGGCAGACCCAAAGGGUUUGCCUUUCUAGAGUUUGAGAACACAGAAGAUGCUAAGGAAGCUUUAGAAACGAUGAACAACACAGAGAUCGAAGGUCGCUCGAUUCGAAUUGAGUACAGUCAGAACAGCGGUGGUAGGCAGGAUGGAGGCAGGGGAAACUCUGGUCCAACAAAGACUCUGUUCGUCAAGGGUCUCUCAGAGGAUACAACGGAUCAAACCCUCAGAGAAGCGUUUGAAGGUUCAGUGGGUGCUAGAAUUGUCACAGACAGAGACACAGGGUCAUCUAAAGGCUUUGGCUUUGUGGACUUUGAUAACGAGGAUGACUGCAAGGCAGCCAAAGAAGCUAUGGAGGACGGCGAAAUCGACGGUAGCAAGGUGACUCUGGACUAUGCCAAGCCUAAGGGUGAAGGUGGUUUCCGUGGGGGUCGUGGCGGCGGCGGCUUCGGUGGCCGCGGCGGCGGCAGAGGAGGUCGCGGUGGCUUCGGUGGCCGUGGCGGUGGACGAGGUGGCGGUGGAUUUGGAGCCAAGCCUCAAGGAAAGAAAAUUAAGUUUGAUGACUAA